AAAUACAUAUGGAAAUAGAUUGGAUCCUCUUUCUAUCGGGUAUUUAUCAGCAUUAUUUAAAAAGGCCAGUCGUUAGGAGCCACACAACACAGGAAAGCAGAUACGGAUGAGCAGGAAAAGGAAAUACAGAACCAUGAGUCUCCGGUGUCCUCUGAUUGGUCCCUUAUAACGAUUCACUUCCGGAGUCAGAGUCGGAGUGUUUACAAGCGGAGGUGUGUUCAUGUUGGCGUUGGAUUUUGUCUUCUCACAGCUUCACCACAUCAUUCAGGUCCAUUAUGUCUGAGGAAGACCUGGUUUCAGUGGACUAUGAAAUCUUUGGCAGAGUACAGGGUGUGUUUUUCCGUAAAUACACUCAAGCAGAGGGGAGGAAGCUCGGCCUGGUUGGAUGGGUCCAGAACACGCGCGCAGGAAGUGUUCAGGGGCAGCUGCAGGGGCCACGCGGCAAGGUGAAACAAAUGCAGGAAUGGUUGAAAUCCACUGGGAGCCCCAAGUCACACAUAGCCAAGGCGGAGUUCAAGAAUGAAAAGACUGUUGACAGCCUAGAACACUCCUCUUUUAAUAUAGUGAAAUAAGAUUUAUUCACAGAUGAUGUCUACAGUAUUAACUUUCAAGCAAAUGUGUUAUUUAUUUAGUCUUUUUAUUUUAUUGGAAUGCAACUUAUUAGUUAAUUUAGAAUGAGUUAAAUAUGCGUGUUAAAUCUCCUCAAUAGUAUAAUAAAUGUAAAAUCACAAAAUGACAUUGUUUGACUGUUUACUGUAGUAAUUAUAACUGUAAUGGAUAUUUGGUGAAUAUUGGUUCACAAAAGAUAAAACUCAAUUGAGUGACAACCACAUGCGAUCAUAUCAAUUAUCAUUGCACUGACAGAGGAAAUGGCAGCAAACUCUCAUCAGUCUUUGUAGAAACUGGAGGAGUCUGAGUUCAGCUUGAUUUAAUGAAGAAUGACGCUGCCACCCUCCUUUGGCAAGGACUGAACUCUGCAAAGGAUUCUGGAGAAAUAUUGUCAAAGGCUCAAAAGACAAAUGAGAUUUGUGGUGGUUAGUGCAGGCAUCACAAGGAGCUGUCACAGAGUAACAGUUUUGUUAUGGUGAUGAGAUUUAUACGUUGAGGCACGUUUUCUGUUUUGGAAAAAAUCAGCAAAGUUGUCGGGAAUAGCGAAUAAAUACCAUGUGUGCAAUCUGA